ACUCAGUGGAGUCUCUAGAACACUCCCCUUUACUAACGGCGGCACAUUCUUGGAAGAAGUAGCGAGAAACUUCUCAAAGCUUUUAUGCUCAACAAGUAUAGUAAUUAAAUAAGAUAUUUUUUUUUAGACGACACAACAUCAAGCUCCUGCUAGAAGUUGUUAGAUUUAUCUAUAUUUCUAAUCUAAAUGAAAAGGCCUAUUUAAAUUGUCUCCUCAAUUGUAAUAGACGCCACCAAGUAUUCUUAUUUGAAAGAAGAAAUAUACUUCAUAAUCUGCAAUCAAUAACUAUCAAGAAUGGUUUUGGCACGCGUAGCUUUGAAGAAUCUGAAGCAAACGAUGGCUUUCGUUAAUCCUAGUGUUAGCCAAGUGAAAAAUGUAGAGAAACAGAAAUGGUGUUCUGAACUAUUAAGAUGUUUCUCCACAGAACUAGAAACUGCAAAUGGUGAAGGAAAAUCUGAAGUAGCUGUCUCUGAAAGUGGCAAGAAAUCAAAGCUAUUUCCCAGGAGACGACGCCUUAGUAGUCUUUGGAGACACCGUGACCUCGGCGACUUUGCUCCUGUUCUUUUCGAAAAUUUACCUUCAGGACUUGGCAGUGCAUUGUUGCAAGUCACGGAGAAUAUCAACAGGUUAUUUGAGAACCUGAACAUGAAUCCCUCCCAAUUAAUGGGAAGGUAUAAGGAGGAUGAUAAGAGCUACAGAAUUCGGUACAACGUGCCAGGGCUAGGCAAGGAGGACGUGAAGAUUAUGGUGGAGGAUGGAAUUCUGACAAUAAAGGGCGAGCACAAGGAAGAGAAAGAAGGGUCAGAUGACGAUGACGAGUCCUGGUCAUCAACAAGCUAUGGUUACUAUAACAACAGCAUUGUGUUACCUGAAGAUGCCAAGGCUGAUGAUAUUAAAGCUGUAAUGAAAGAUGGUGUUUUGACAAUCACUAUUCCUAAAAGUGAGAGGCCUAAGAAAGAUGUCAAGAAAAUUCAAGUUAUGUGAAUCCCUAUGAAAAAUGUCAAGUGAUAAAGUAUGUACUUGUAUAUGAAGUUGCUCUAUAAUAAAUAGGAAAAAUGGUUCGAUGUAUUUUCGUUUUGUAAUUUCUACUUAUGUGUUUGUAAUCUGAAUGUUUGAACUCAAUAAAAUUUAAUAUUUCAAGCC